AAUUAAAUGAAUUAAACCAAGAAACCAAUAAAUCAAAUCAACAGGAAUCUAAUGAUGGUAAAAAACUACACCCUCCUGUAAAAUGCAUGUAUUGUCCAAAGACUUAUGAUUGUGGAAUUGCAACUCGAAAGCAAGCAUAUUUGGAUAAUGAUUGUUAG